CGUCAACUCGUUAACUCUUUCCUCACAGUUGGUUGAGCGCCCCUCUAACGGGCUCAAGAUAUACAUCACCAGCAAGCCCUCGUCAUUAAUAAGGACGUAAAAGUUAGGAAAUCCGAGUUAGAUGGCCACUUUGAUAGCAUCUUUCUGCCAGUCUUAGAACAUUGUUGCACUCAAGUCGCGAACCUCAAGUACGACGUUCUUUUUUGCGUUACACAAAAAUUACACCUCGCAGACUUGUCACGUGCAAUAUCAGGCCCCCUCCUCUGGCAUCACGCAGGUGCUACUGUUCUGCGAACUACAGUAAGAUACCCUUUCACGGCUGAUAGUGCAUGGUGCCUCAAUGAGCCAUUUUCUGUAAGAAUAAGAUUAAAACAACAGCAACAGGCACAAUGCUAAACAAACAGAUUCAUCUUGCACAUAAUAAGUACGGAGUCAAAAGACAAUCGCCGACAAAAUGCCACUAUCAACAUACAUCUUCGACGCACCUGCUCACGCUCACCUUACCCCUUACCUUGCCGCCCUCCACGGUACCUGCAUCACACAUGAUCACCUGAUAGAUGUCUUUCUCCCGCCCCUCAACAACGACAAGCUUCUGGCCUGGUGGAAGUCCAAGAUCGCCGACACCAACCUCGUCAUCAUCCUCCUCCUGAAUGAAUCGGAGCCCGGAACUCGUGCAAGGGGACACGAGCUCGUCGGUGCCGCCCUCCUGCGCAUCCCUGAGGCCCAGACGAGCCCGUUCCGCGCCAUCGUGGACAAUAUCCUCGUCCUCCCGCGCUUUCGUAGACAAGGGGGCGCCAGGACGUUGAUCCAAGCCUUGCAGUCGCAGGCUCUUUGUAUGAGCAGGCCCAUGCUGACGGCAGGUACAGAGGCUGGAAGCGUGGGCGAGCAAGUCCUCAAGCAUUUCGGCUUCAAGGAGGUCGGCAGGAUACCCAAUUAUGCCAUCAGCCCCGCAGAUCAUACCAAGAGGGAUCAGACAAUUCUUUGCAAGGAUCUGCUUACGUCUUGACCGCAAAUCCGAUGUGAGGGCUUGUACGGAGUAGGGAAGAGUUCAUGGUGACGUGCUCGGAGCGGCCCUAGCUUAAAAAGUACCAGACUGGAUCUCAUGCAUCGUUAACCUGUUGAUAGCCACUGUGUUUACCCACGUCCCACUGACUACGGCAGUGGUCUAUCCAUGCAGAGCCACCUGUCGCGCCUGUGAAGCCUCCCGAUGCAUACUAAUGCAGAACCAAUAUGUGUUAGGUCGGAAAAAGAAAAACUCUCAUGAGUGGCGCAAGGAUGUGGGCCAAAAUUUUCGUGACAUGUCAGAGCCAAUUCAAGUCCUCAAAACCACGUGUCACUGCCUGCGAUGGAUGAUUGUUUGUUAUGAAAGAGCCGACAUCGUUGCUUUAGGAAGCUAUUUGGGCCAUUUCUGAAGAUAUACAAUGCUUGAGGUUGCAGCCAGACAAUGGUGUAGGCGAAAAUUAUAGUCGUCUGCUGGGCCGAUCGACAUUCCCCGAAUACGAGACAAGCAAACUAGCCCCCAAAUUUAGCCAUGCGCGCCAAGAACUUACCAGCUACGACGACAGCCAGAGAAAAAAAGUUGCACCUCAAAAUGGGGCUUCAGGGUGCGGCGGCCCUUGAUGCAGGAGAAAAAGGAAACGAAACCAAUGCCUACUCGUCAUCGUCGAGUUCCUCCACCUGCGGCGCGGUAUAGCCUCUUCUCUCGACCGG